UUCGAGUCUUUCGACCCAAAUAAGAGAGAACCACUGCACCACUGUCGCAGUCUAUGUUCUACAUAUAAUUUCUCAUUUGCCAAACUCCUUUAAAUUCAUACAUCUUAUGGCGAUUCGUGCAUUUUCAAGAUCAAAAUUCCCAACUUUCUCUUCAAUACUCCUUCAAGGUCUAAAACGAACAUCAAUCCGAGAGAACCCAUUUCCUCCAAAACCCACUUCUCCAGGACUAGAAAUCGAACCGUGGAAACCCAUUUGUGGGUUUAGGCUAUACCAUGAUGGGAGGCCUAGAGGACCCCUUUGGAGGGGUAAGAAGCUGAUUGGCAAAGAAGCCCUUUAUGUGAUUUCGGGUUUGAAGCGGUUUAAGGAUGACGAAGAGAGGCUUGGCAAGUUUAUAAAGAACCAUGUUUUGAGGCUUCUGAAGAUGGAUAUGAUUGCUGUUCUCACUGAGCUUGAACGCCAAGAAGAGGUCAAUUUGGCUAUUAAGGUAUUUAAGGUGAUUCGAAAGCAGGAUUGGUACAAGCCUGAUGUCUAUCUUUAUAAGGACUUGAUCAUUUCAUUAGCAAAAUCUAAGAAAAUGGAUGAUGUUAUGCUGCUGUGGGAGUGCAUGAAAAAGGAGGAUCUGUUUCCUGAUUCACAAACAUAUACAGAAGUUAUCAGGGGAUUUUUGAGCUCUGGUUCCCCUGCUGAUGCAAUGAACAUAUACGAGGACAUGAAACAGUCUCCAGAUCCACCAGAGGAGCUACCAUUCCGGAUUUUGUUAAAGGGACUUUUGCCGCAUCCCCUUUUGAGAAACAGAGUCAAGCAAGACUUUGAGGAGCUCUUUCCUGAACAACAUGUGUAUGACCCUCCGCAAGAGAUUUUUGGCUCCUGUUGAGGUCUUCAACUUUAUUCUCAUUUUAUUGAAGGACAUCAGCAUAUCUCAACCAGAUAUAGGAUUUAGGAUUGCAUGCCAGAACCACUAGGAGGAUGGGUAUCCCACGUAAUGACAUGCAGUAUUGCUAUUCUUCUUUAGAGCUUUGAAGUUUUGAGUUCCCAGAACAUAAACUUGUGAUCUGCUGUAAAAUGUUCUUUUAGGCUUGUGCACCAGGUAAACUUCUCUUUCUUGAUGUAGAUGAGCUUGUACAUUAACUGAUAGGAUAGUUUUGAUGGAUGUUGGUUUCUAUA